CAUUGGGUUUCCAGAUGUUCGACGACAGAAUUGAAAAAUUCUUUGGCCACUUAUUCAGAGAAACUCGUAAAAAUCGUUCCACUGAGACAACUUUAAAGAAAGACUUUGUCGAUCUUAUUCUGGGCUGGGAAAAGCAACAAUACAUAACCGGAGACAGUUUUAGCAAUAACCAAACGAAUGACAAGAAGAUAUAAAUAAUUGAAGUGAAUGAAGACUUACUUGUAGCACAAUGCACUUUAUUCUUCGCGGCUGGAUUCGAAACAACAUCGUCCACAAUAAAUUACCUUCUGUAUGAACUGGCAAAAAAUAAACAAGCCCAAGAACGACUCAUAGAAGAAGUGGAUGCAUACUUUAAAAAACAUGGUGAUAUUAAGUACGAAUGUAUAACUGAGUUGCCAUAUAUUGAAGCAUGUAUUGAAGAAGCACUUCGUCUUUACCCGGUGUUACCUGUCAUCACCAGAGAAGUGAUGAAUAGCUACACGCUGCCAACUGGGCUGCGCCUUCAGAAAGGUGAUCGCGUACAUAUACCUAUUGAUUACAUCCAUCGGCAACCGGAGAACUUCCCGGAUCCUACGGUAUACCGUCCCGAACGAUUCUUUGGUGAUGAGAAGAAGAAAAUCAAACCAUACACCUACAUGCCAUUCGGUGAAGGUCCAAGAGUUUGUAUUGGUGCUCGUUUUGCAAGAAUGGUUAUGUACGCUGGGCUCUUGACUAUAUUCAGGAAGUAUAGGACUGAGCUUGGAGAUAACAUGCCCGAUACUUUGGAAUUUAAGCCAGUGUCUCCUGUACUCCAAGCUACAAUAAAUAUGUAUGUCAAAUUCAUUCCUCGUGAAAUUUGAUCAAGCAAUCAGUAGAUAAAUUGUAUUUUUUA